AUGUCAUUCUCAGGGAAAGGAGGACAAUCGUCUCACAAUCAUCAUGAUGACACUACUCCAACAACGUGGGCACUCCUGGCAACCUCGGUCAUUUCAGCAACCAGUGCAAUACUCUUGAGUGCCUACUUUAGCCAUGACAGCGCCAAUGCCAAUGCAAAAGAUAAGGCCUUGGAGAAUGAUAAAAGAGAAGAGCAACUUGUUCCGAAUGCCAGCCAACCAGAAAGAAUACGGUCUGUUUUAGACAAUAUAAUGAAAGUGACAGGUGGAAGAUAUCUCAAGAAUCCAUUGGCAAAAGACCUUCCACUCUGGCUUGGCGUCGGAUAUUUGAUAUUCAAUCAAAACCGUAAUAUGGCAUCACCGAACAGUAACAAGCUACUGGAUUUCUUGGUUGUUGGGCUGCUCUUGACUUUAAGGAGGGACGAAGAUUCCUCCUCAUCCGACAAUUCUUCAAAAUUCGAAUCCAAGAGAUUCAAAAAUGAUGAUGACACUGACAAGAAUUCAUUAUCAUUGCAGUCUCGGUCCAUAUUUACCCCUAUAGCUGAACAUGACCUUCCACUACCCUUGCCACACAGUAAUACCGACGCUAGCGUUGAGGAGCAGGACACCAAUCAUCAGACUACAAAUAUUGACAAGGUUUCGCCAACGACGCCACUAACGACCAACUUGACCGAGAAAGACUCUUCUACUACGCGCUACAUGGAACUAAUGGUAUACAAUGUGUCACAUACCGAUAUGGUUUUCAGCCUCGAUACUCCGGCAAAUACUACUGGCACUUCUUCUAAUGCUGACCAUUCAUCUCAACCAUCCUCCCCCGAAACACCCUUGGAGGACGAUUCGUUUUGCCUCUGCCGGCCACGGUUUUCCACCUUUGAUUAUUUUUCCAAAAAGGUGGCCGAAGUAUUGCAAUCACUGGGUACAGAAUCUUUGGUGAAGUUUCCACGCUACGAACGAUGUGACGAAACGAACCGAUAUACCAUCAAAUCAGAACCAAUGUUGGGCCAGUUGCCAAUCGGAUUUUCACUGCCGACCCCUUCCUCAUCAUCUUCUGAUAAUAACAAUGACAGUAAUAAGUCGCUCCAUGUGACUUGCAACGAGCUGAACGACUUGCGACUUCGUGGAAGAGAUAGUUCACGGAUUGCCAAUAUCCAAGACAGCGACAGCAUCAGUCUGAAUGCUGUCUUUUUUCCAUUGCUUGGUACACUCAUGCCACAAUGGCAAGGCAUGAUUCAACAAAAGUAUAGUGCUGGCCAGAAGCAACCCAAACAGGUCUUGUUUUUGGUCUCUGGAGUUGGGAGUCCACGCAAUUGGACGCACAGCAUGACGGGAAACUCGACCCAAAUGUGCGCAAAACUGAUGCAACACUACCUCCAGACACUCUAUCCCCAUUUGAUUGUGGUCCGAGUCCACUCCGAAACCAAUAUUUUCCGAUACGAUGAGAAUAUUUCCUUUGUGCAGAAUGAACUCAUGCCGUGCAUUCAAGCCUACAGGGAUGCCCACGCCAAGGGGCUGCCCUAUCCCGAUGAAGUCAUGAAUACCAAAUCACCCACAAAAGUUAGCCUAGCCUUGAUGAAUUCUGGAAGAAUGAUGGAGAAUCUUCCAUUCAUGAACGAUUGGAAAAAGAGCUUUCACGUGACUUUGAGUUUUGGUGAUGGCAGUCCUGCUAGAAAUCAUGCCAUUCAAGCUGCCUUGCGAACCUACCGACCAACCUACUACCAUUGCUGGCAACUGAAGACCUUUUGGCAUGAAUCCAAGAUUGUCGACUCGGACAUUGAAAUUCAUUCAUUUGAAGAAAUGGAAACAGUUCCUGCUCUUUCCACCAAACAGCUCCAGGACAAACCAUUGGUCAUGCAGGUUGUGGAUGAGAUCAAAACCUUUUCCAUGGAAAUGACGAGAAUUAUGUCGUUCGACAAUCAUGACAUUCAAAAGUUUUGGUUGCGGAAAACUCACAAGCCGGUCUUGGCCGUCUUGGCGGUCCAAAUGCCUGAUGGUCGGAUCAAGUUGUACCGAGGCACCAAUAUGGAAGUCAGCAUGCCCACGGGAAGUUUGUGUGCAGAGCGCAAUGUCAUUGGAACCGCCUUGGCAGACAAUCCUAGUCUGAAGCGACAAGAUCUCAAGGCCAUUGCCGUCUUGUCCGUUCCGAAACCCUCCAAGCACCAGUUUGGACGGCUGGUUCGAUCUGGCAGUGUAGCAAGCUACUGCAGUAUGCCAAGUUUGGCGCCCGACUUUGACAAUGGUGAAUCUCCCAAACUAAUGCCGUCGUAUUCGACAGAGACAUUGGUAGUAGAACAACAAGGCAGCCCAGUCUUUCAAGAUUUGACGAACGAUAGGCGGCCCCGAGCAUUCUCCAACGCCAGCGCUUCGCCUUCUUUGAUGGCGGUCAGUAGGACACCACCCUUGCAUCCAAAUAGUAUUACGAACACUGCAGCAGAACCAGGAACAGCUCCAGUACCUCCAUCCAUCACGUUGGGCCCAGCAGCAGCCGCCGCCGCCGCCGUGAUGCAGCCAAAAUCUCCUAUCCGACGGGUUUCCGUCUAUCACGGUUUGGAAAAUAACAAUAAGCGAAUCAAGCAAAAGACAACGCGAUCACGGAAACGACAUUUGUUUGUCCAUUCAAAUGAUGACAUGAAUCCCUUGCGACCCUGCGGAGCGUGCAACGAAUGGCUCAAGAAAAUUGCCGAAUCCAAUCCCUACUUUCAGAUUCUAACCUUUACCGACGCGGACUGCAAUGGAGUAUACUGCGGAUUUUGUGACGAAUAA